AUGGAAGCCGUUGGUUCACUUAACCAAGCAACUUUCUCAUCCGUCGAUCAAAAAAGCCAUCACGUAACUGUGGAAACGUUGGUUUGUAAGCGACGACAGCUAGCAGGCGGAGGAGGUAGCAGCGGCGGUGGUGGAGGUGGAGGUGGAGGUGGAGGUGGAGGUUCUCGAGGCGGUUCUUCAGGUGGAAGUAGCGGUGGUGGGGGAAGUCGAGGAGGUGGCAGUAGCGGUGGAGGUGGAAGCAGUGGUGGUGGGGGAAGUCGCGGAGGUGGUAGCAGUGGUGGAGGUGGAGGCCGUGGAGGAAGUAGCGGUGGCUCUGGAGGUAAUAAGGGUGGAAGAGGUGGAGGCGAUGGCGGUGAUGGUGGCGGAGAUGAUGGUGAUAGUGGAGGCGGUAGCGAAAGUAGUGGUCGGGGAAGUGGAGGCGGUGGUGGCACUAGACCAUAUACGCCUAUUACUCCAGGUGGUCGAAUUCCAAGUGGUGGUGCUCAGAUUCAAUAUUCUUUUGUGUUGUUCAUCUGUUUAGUCCUCCUAAUUUUUAGUUUUUAA